UGAGGAGGGAAUUAUGGCGGCAAAUGUUUGAACAGGCAGGAUGAUGACACGUAGACUCGCCUCAAUCUGACGGUGAGUCUUGAAAGAAUCUCAAGGUCAAAAUCGUCUAAACAUUUCUGCGUUGUCCUCAUCAUCUUCAGGACUCGCCACUCUCUCUCUCUCUUUUUCUCCAGAAGUUACGUUUUCUCUCAGUAUCCUCCGAUAGUAGCUCAACUAUUUUCCGGCGACCUACUUCCGAUUCUUACUCUCGCACUUCAACCCGAAGCUUUUGACGAAACAAUCACAAUGUCAGAUCCAAAACCGAAUCCUGUGAAUGACGAACUAGGAGGUGCUGAUGCCAAGAACUCACAAGUUCCAUUACCCAAGGACGAUACUGCAGUGAAAACCAUAGUUGGAAUGUUACUAAAACCGCAUACAAAGACCCGUAAGUUCUGGGAGACUCAACCUGUUGCGCAGCUUAAGAAUAAUACUAGUUUGCCUGAAGGUCCAAUAGAGCCGGCAACUUUGGUAGCUAAGGUCAGGCAAGAGCCGUAUAACCUUCCUGGUCAAUUCGAAUGGACCAUAUGCGAUUUGAGCUCUGAUGAUGGGUGUUCAGAGGUGUACAACUUUUUGAAAGCACACUAUUCUGAUUCUGCGAUAGUGGCUGAUUACCCCAGAGAGUUUCUGAGGUGGGCAAUGUGUCCACCUGGUUAUUACCAGAGCUGGCAUAUUGGAGUCCGUGUCAAGACCUCGAAGAAACUCGUUGCUUUCAUCGGUGGUGUGCCAAUGAGAAUCAGGGUGCGUGACGAGGUUAUUAAAAUGGCAAAGGCCAUUUUCUUGUGUGUUCACAAGAAGCUGAGGUUUAAGGGACUUGCUCCUGUCAUGAUCAGGGAGGUGACUAGAAGGGUUCGCUUGCAGAAUAUAUGGAAAGGUGUUUAUACCUCACGUGUUGAUGUACUUUCUAAACCAGUGGCCAGCUGCCGAUACUGGGUCAGAAUGUUGAACCCGCAGAGGUCACAGGAUGUGUCAGUAAGGUUUAGUGAAAGAAUGACAUUGAGCAUGACCAUCAAAUUGUACAAGUUACCAGAUGCACCCAUCACUCCUGGGUUUAGGCAAAUGGAACGACGUGAUGUCCCAGCUGUUACAGAGUUGCUCAGGAACUACCUCUGCCAGUUUGAACUUGCGGCUGACUUUGAUGAAGACGAUGUCAAGCACUGGUUUCUCCCACGGGAAAACGUCAUCUACAGUUACUUAGUUGUAAGCCCUGAAACUCAUGACGUCACUGACUUCUGCAGCUUCUACACUUUCCCUGCAACGCUCACCCGUGACCAAACGCCCGCAAAAUUGAAGUAUGCUUAUUCUUACUACAAUGUAGCGACAGUGACCUCGUUUCCCCAGUUGAUGAAUGAUGUACUGAUCAUCGCUAAGCGAAAAGGUUGUGAUAUGUUCUACGCGUCCGAGGCGAUGAAUAAUACGAGUUUCUUGAAAGCGUGUAGGUUUAAUCCAGGAAAUGGACUGAGGCACUACUAUCUCUAUAAUUACCGUUUGAGGAGUGCACUGAAGCCAUCAGAACUUGGGCUUGUUCUCUAGUACUGUUAGAACUCCUACAGCUCCCCAAAGUGAACAACCGAUGAUCGCUAAACCAAUGUGUAGCCUAAGUUUCCUCUUCUUAGAUAUCAUUUGCAAGUAAUAUAAACAAAAGAGGAAAGUUUAAAGCCUUUUCAACAUUUUGCGUGUCUACAAAUAA